UGUCCCAUCCAUCAAAUCCCCAUGCCGCCGCCACCUUCUCCAUCUUCCUCGUUUUCCCCACCGAGCCAAUCUCCAGCCAGAUCCAUUCAGCCCACGAGCUCUCUCACAUGGCGCCCUUGUGCACCGGGCUCUUCAUCAACCCCGCCGGUGCAGCGACGCCGUGCCUGAGCCCCGCUGCCUCCUCUGCUUCCCGAGUGCCACCACAGAACCAGAUUCAGGUCCCCUGCCUCGUCCCCUUGCACCACCAGCCAAGCUCUCCUCAUCGCCAGAGCCCCUCGAUCCCGAGCUUCUCGGCCUCGUCCCCUCGCGCCGCUGCCGCCGGCAACCAACGCCUCCAGGCCGUGCCCUGCUCCCUUCCUUCCCGCGCCGCUCUCUCGAAAUCUCUCAUCUCUCUCGCCUCACCCUCCCUGUAUCCUCACAGGAACAAGUGGGAGAUGCCAUGGCCGCCUGCGGAAGCUCCGUCAUCGUCGGGAUCAAGUUCCUCCGGCCUCGGCCUCGGAUCCGACGUCUCCAACGGUCCAGCCUCCCUGCUGCCUUGCUCGCCCGCGCCAAGACCUCGCCUCACGCUCCACCUCACGGCCUCGCCGACGCUGCCGGACUUCGCCGGAGUCAACCGGCCGUCCAAGCCCGUCUCGGCCAGGUCCGUCGUCCUGGAGUCCCGCGCUGUCGCCUCCUCUGCAUCAAGUGGGAGGACGUGCCUUCUCUGCGCCCGAGCUUCCCCUGACCUGAGGCCGUCGUCCUCGACCGCACGGAGCCCCGAUCCGCACCGCCCCUUGCUGGAUUUGGACCCCGGCGCCUCCCCGCGCUCCGUUCCGCCCGUUCCGGCCGGUUCCCGCCGACCCCGUCGCCAGGGCCCCUGCCGUCUUCUCCUCCAUUGCCAUGCUCCUGCUGCUUUUGUUUCUUCAGAACGAGAGCAGCAGCGGCUCACCCGGGUCAGCGUUCUCGAGCCCGUUGACCGCGCCUCCAGCGCCUGGGCCAGCGCCUCCCCAAGGCCCAGUGCCCCUUCCAGCCUCCCUCUCCACCGACCGGCUCAAGGCCCAGGGUGAGCAGCCCCCCUGGCCUCUCCAUUGUUGGGCCUGCUCCAGUUUCAGUUUUGGCCCAUGUAGGUUUUUUUUUCAGAUCUGCGAUUUUAGCAAUUAUCCAGUGUAUUACAGUUUUGCAGAAAACCCCUCAUAUAUCAUACAUUUAAUAACUCAUAAA